ACCUUCUCCCAAUUCAAUAAACCAAACCCUAACUCCAUUCCAAAACCUUUUUUUUUUCCCCAAUCCAAAUCUUUAUUGUCCCAUUUCUCCAAAUGAGAUUAAACUCCCAAAAACAACACAUCCCUUUUAAUCAAAGGGCAUAAUUUUCUUGAUCCAAAAAAAAAAAAAUCCAGCGCUGGCCAUGGGUAUGGCCAUGGAAAUAGUGAUAUCAGUGGUUCUUCUCUUUGUAGGGAUAGGUGUUUUGCUCAUCAUCCAUGUCUGCGUCGUGGGCCGGGCUUUCCGGGAAGAUUCCAGGACAGAUUCUGUCUCCGGCGAGGGUGACAGGGCUCCGGCCAUGGCUCCGGAGGCCGUCAAGAACCUGCCAUGGUUCGAUCACAGUGAGAGCACUGUAGGAACUUUAACUGUGGAGUGUUCAGUGUGCCUGGAAAAUUUUAGGGUUGGUGAUAGGUGCAGAAUCUUGCCUGUUUGUGGCCAUUGCUUUCAUAUCGAAUGCAUCGACUCUUGGCUUAUGAAGACCGGCGCUUGUCCGGUUUGUAGGACGAGUGUUGCCCAAUUCAGACAAGAAGAGGGUCGUGAUAUGGUGUAGGAAUUAAUCAUUAAUUCUUUCGAGUUUUCUCUAACUCUUAGGAUUGACUAAUCGAUCUGUAAGUACUGUUCAUUUGGAACUUUUUUUUUUUUUCCUUUGGCCUUCAAAUUUUUUCAUUUGAAUAUAUAUAUUUGACUUAUUAUUUUGUCGGGUUUAAUUUCUUUUGAUUUUUAAGAUCGAUUCAUCCAUAGUUUUUAAGUUUAAGUCUAAUGAAAGUUUCGCCAUUAUUUUCUACUACCAUAAAAAUCUACACCGGUUGCUCUUAUUGUACAAUUUGUUGGAUCUUUUCCGAUCUUUAAGAUCGACUAAUUCAUAUUGUUCAUAUGGAACCUUUUACUUCUUCGCCUUCAAAAAUUUUUUAUUUGAAUAUUUUCUCUAUUUUCUUUUCAGGUUUGUAUCGACUCUUAAGAUCAACUCAUUCAUAUAUAUAUAUAUUAAGUAUAGUUUGUAUAUAAUUUUUGCCACUAUUUUUCACUAUUGUAUCGUUACUUUUAUUGUACUAUAUCUGUUGGAUCUUUUCCGACGAUUGGGAUCGACUAAUCAACAUGGAACCUUUUUUUUUUUAUUUCUUAAGAGUUUAAUUAUAUAUAUAUAUAUAUAUUGAUGGUUUGGAUUCUUGUUUGUGAUGAAAUUUUGGGAAAAUAUCAAAAUAUUCCUUUGGCUGCUGAGUUUGAGGAUAUUUUGGUCAUUUCAAGGCGGCCAUGGAAUGAGUUCUUGAAGGAAUUGUACAGAUUGCAGGAAAAGGAACAGUAGAGAUUAUGGUAAGGGUAGAG